GGAAAACGGCUUAAGUUCAGCGAGUCAGCCGAGCUGAAGAAGAUCGCAAGAAGCAGAGUGAGUGCAAACGUUGGAACACAACGAACGGCAAUGGCGGCAACCGCUCGCCUGCAACUCCUCCACACUCCCUCCAUUAUCAGACCUUCGGUUCUCUUCUCGAGGCCUUGCUUUAGCUCCGGUCUCCAUUGCUCCCGCCUCCGCAAGAUCUCCACCUCCCCUGUCCUUUGCUCCAAUUCAGAUCAAACACCGCAGGCAGCUUCUUCAGCGGGUGCGUCCAGCAAGUCCAUAGUCGGGGAUCUGCUCGACUAUCUGAAUGAAUCCUGGACUCAUUUCCACGCUACGGCUGAAGCAAAAAGACAGUUAAUUGCUGCUGGGUUUCAUUUGCUAAAUGAGAAUGAUGAAUGGGACCUUAAGCCUGGCGGGCGCUACUUCUUCACGAGGAACAUGUCUUGUCUGGUUGCUUUUGCUGUAGGAGAAAAAUAUGACGUUGGCAAUGGUUUUCACAUUAUUGCUGCUCAUACAGAUAGCCCGUGUCUAAAACUAAAACCAAAGUCUGCAUCAGCGAAAUCUAAUUAUCUCAUGGUCAAUGUUCAAACAUAUGGUGGUGGUCUGUGGCAUACUUGGUUUGAUCGAGAUCUAAGUGUCGCUGGACGAGUCAUUGUAAGAGAUAGUGAUGGCUCAUAUCUGCACAAGCUUGUGAAAGUGAAAAGGCCUCUGCUCCGAGUCCCCACUCUGGCCAUACAUCUUGAUCGCACAGUGAACAAGGAUGGAUUUAAACCAAACCUGGAGACUCACCUCAUUCCUCUUCUUGCCACAAAACCGGAAGAAACAUCAGUUGAUUCAAAUGACAAAAAGGCAGUCUCAAAAGCUGUUCAUCAUCCACUGCUUAUUCAGGUUUUGUCUGAUGAACUUGGUUGCUCUGCCUCUGACAUAAUGAACAUUGAGUUGAAUCUUUGUGAUACACAACCUAGCUGCCUUGGAGGUGGAAACAACGAGUUUAUAUUUUCCGGAAGAUUGGACAAUCUUGCUUCAAGCUAUUGUGCACUGAGAGCUCUUGUUGAUUCUUGCGGGUCACCGAGUGAUUUAUCAACUGAGCAUGCUGUCAGGAUGGUGGCUUUAUUUGAUAAUGAAGAGGUAGGUUCAGAUUCAUAUCAAGGAGCUGGAGCCCCGACAAUGUUUCAGGCCAUAAGGCGCGUCGUUGACUCCCUGUCUCAUAAGUAUAUUGGAGAGAGUGCUUUUGACCGUGCAAUUCGGAAAUCAUUUCUCGUUUCUGCUGACAUGGCUCACGGGGUCCACCCAAAUUUCAUGGACAAACAUGAAGACCACCAUCGCCCAGAAAUGCAGAAGGGCUUGGUGAUUAAGCAUAAUGCUAAUCAGCGUUAUGCUACAAGCGGAGUGACGGCUUUUCUUUUCAAAGAAGUUGGCAAAGCUCACAAUCUUCCUACCCAGGAAUUCGUUGUUAGAAAUGAUAUGGGAUGCGGGUCCACAAUCGGUCCCAUUUUGGCAUCGGGGGUAGGAAUCCGAACCGUGGACUGCGGUAUUGCUCAACUUUCCAUGCACAGCGUGAGAGAGGUAUGUGGGAAGGAAGACAUAGACAUUGCCUACAGACAUUUCAAGGCAUUCUACCAAAGCUUUUCAAGUAUAGAUAGCAAGCUCACUGUAGACUACUAGAGCACAUUAUUCAGGUCUUCUCGUUCAAUUCAAAUCGAAUAAGAUUAAUUAUUCAUAACGAAACAGGCACAUUCUCAAUGAGAUUCCUGGAACAAGAUUUGUUGUCU